GGGUGGCGCGUGCGGCUUCUUGCUGCAGAGCGCCUCGGUUCUUCUAGCGAAGGAAAGUGGUCUCUCCUGCGGUGGCUUCUUCACCUGGGCUGCUUUCCCGAAGAAAAGGCGAGGGGACUGCUCAAGCCGAGGCCGGCGAUGACUGAUCCAGCGCAGCCAGGUGCCCCAGGGGCAGAAGGAGAAAAUGCUGGGGGAGCCCCAGGACAACCUCCAAAUUUGACCAGUAAUCGUCGCCUGCAGCAGACUCAAGCACAGGUGGAAGAAGUGGUGGAUAUUAUGCGUGUGAAUGUGGACAAAGUCUUGGAGAGAGAUCAGAAACUGUCGGAACUAGAUGAACGAGCAGAUGCCCUCCAAGCCGGUGCCCAAGUAUUUGAAAGCAGUGCAGCGGCACUCAAGAGGAAGUAUUGGUGGAAGAACUGCAAGAUGAUGAUCAUGCUGGGAGUGAUCUGUGCCAUUGUGGUGAUUGCAAUUGCCCUCUACUUUUUUACCUGAGAAUGUGCUUCCCUUCCCCUUUCCCCUUCUCCAGUCUGCAGCCUCCUUUCCCCUAUAGCCCUUUCCUGUCCUGAUUUCAUCUUCUCUUUUGUUUUUCCUGUCAUUCUGGCUUUGACAUCUGUUUCCUUAAGUUACGGUUCAAUGCACUGUUUGCAGCUUUGAGUUGGACCCCUUCACAAAUGGUGCAGCCUUUGAGCAGGCCUUUUGAAGGGUGGCAUUGGGCCUAGUGAAGGAAAGGGAUAUAUAUAAAGGGAGGGGUAUAUGGGAAAGUGGGGGGCAUGGGCUGGGGUGUUGUGUUUGGUGAUACAUUCAGGUUUCGCUUGUUGCUUGUGGUAUAUUGCAGGUGUCCUUUCCCCUUAUGACUCUAUUUCAAAGCAUCCUCUUGGGCUAUGAGCAGUCUUCGUGACAUAUCCACAGAAUUAGGUGGUAGGAGAGAAGACGAUUCAAGUAUGUGAUACCAUAAUUAGUCUAGUGUUCUCUUCGUUUCCAAUAUAAGUUCAUGCUAAAUCAGUGGUUCUCAACUUGUGGGUCCCCAGGUGUUUUGGCCUUCAACUCCCAGAAAUCCUAACAGCUGGUAAACUGAUUUCUGGGAGUUGUAGACCAAAACCGAGGACCCACAGAUUGAAAACCAUUGUACUAGAUUCUCUGAUUGCAGAAGUUUUCGUCUUACGAAGACCAUCAUUUUUCCUGUACUAUUUCCGAGGUACAUCCUGGCCUCACCAACGCAGUGUAAAUGAUACUGGUUGAUUCGUUUCCCUUGGCUCCAAAGCAGGUAGAUUGUUACCAACAUUCAUAGUAUUGUCAUAGUCUAAAUCAGUAGUGAUCUCAAAACUGCAUACAUCUUUGCUCUUCUAUAGCUGUGUGGCUUGCUUAACUACUCAGGUAGCUUAUUGAGAGUCCACUACUCAGUUAGCAAGUCCCGUGCUGCUUGCUUUUUGGCUGAAUAGGAAAUGCGGCCACUUAAAAGUAGCAAUGUGUCCAGGACUUGUUACUCUGCACAUGCUGUUGUAGGAGGACAUCUUUUCAAGGCAGUUGUGCUGCAUAAGGACAGGUCUAAAAUUGAAGCAGUUUCUUGGAUGGAGACAGCAAUGCAGUAUAUGUGGAAAUUGACUAAGUUCUGAUUUUCAUGUUCUUUUGGGUCACCACUUGAUAAUAUUGGUGAGCAUGCAUGUUUGAGCUCGUGCCCAGUGGCCAGCUAACAUGAUCUGCUUAAUGAAAGUCGAAGGCUUUCAUGGCCGGAAUCACUGGGUUGUUGUGAGUUUUCUGGGCUGUAUGGUCAUAUUCCAGAAGCAUUCCCUCCUGACGUUUCACCCACAUCUA